GACCCUGCAGUCACUAUAUCUGGUCCCCCGGACCCUGCAUUCACUAUAUCUGGUCCCCCGGACCCUGCAUUCACUAUAUCUGGUCCCCCGGACCCUGCAUUCACUAUAUCUGGUCUCCCCAGACCCUGCAUUCACUAUAUCUGGUCUCCCCGGACCCUGCAUUCACUAUAUCCGGUCCCCCGGACCCUGCAUUCACUAUAUCUGGUCUCCCUAGACCCUGCAUUCACUAUAUCCGGUUUCCCACAGUACACAGAACAUGGAAAUGUAAUUAUUGUAGGUAAAAAAAAAAAAAAAAAAAAAAAAAAAAAAAAAAAAAAAAAAAAAGACAGAGGUCCAUCCAGUUCAACCAAUAAAAAAUAAUAACCAAACCAAAUACCUCCAUAUACAUACCUGUACUUGAUCCAG